AGCUGCUUUGCCCGAUCAUAGAGAGAGCAGUGCAGGAUGUAGCUCCACAGUCCUCUCUGUCCUCUCCCUGUCCUCAUCUCUAUGGUCAGUACACACAGGCUGAGCCCAGCACUAGAUUCCCGGGUCUGAUCAGUUGAUGAGGAGCCUGUCCUGUCACAGCCCCGAACAGAAGAGAAAUGGCGGGAGAAUGUGAGUGAGAGGGAACGAUGGGACUGUAUGAGGGAAGAGCCUACAGACCAUGACCACAGCUCCAUCUAACUGCUCUUUGGUUCAUUUACCAGUGUAUUGUGCUGCCAACCAGUGAGAACCAGAAUGUGGAGGUCCAAACCUCUUUGUUGGGGAGUCUAUGAUGAAGAAUGGAAGGAUCGAUUAGACUCCAAGGAUCCAAUGUCUGAAGAUUUGCUGACUUAACACCAUGUGAGGACCUUUUUAAGGUGACAGGACCAGAGCUUGUGCUGUUUGUGAAUAGGUAAAACUGACUUCUUGUCUGUAUUCAGGUCUUUGGGCUUCAGCAGCAGCAGCAUUCCCUUGCUCACCAUCCAUGGAGCAGCAGGCAAGCUGAGAGCAGCCAAGGAACAAGAAAGUGGAGAAGAAGCAGAGAGAGCCUUACAGGAGGCACUGCUCACAAGCUGCCAGAAUCAAUAGGACAAACUUUACCCCCCCCCCCCCCAAUGCACUGCCCAUCCUGGGGAGCUGGGCACAUAAACUUUCUCCUGAAGAGGGGGAGGCUAUAGGGCUGACAAGAGGACUCUGUGCAUCAAACUUCACUGAUCUGGGGAUCAGAUUGUACCCACAAAUCCUACAGGACCCAAUGUGCAGCAAUUCCCAGCAUCACCUGUCUCUGGAAACAGCUUGGAAUUUGAGGGAGUAGCUGGCAUCCCCUCAAAGUGCAAGACCCCCUAUAAUUUAUUAACCUUACCUGGGAUCCUGGGAUUAUAAACAGCAGGAAUGUCUGGAGAAUACCUGCAGAUUUGGAUAUGGAUGGCAAUGCUGGGGGUGCUGUGCCCAGCCUGGGCUCAAGAUGAUGUCCCUCCAUACUUCAAGACUGAGCCGGUUCGCAGUCAGGUCCACCUGGAGGGGAAUCGCCUUGUCCUUACCUGCAUGGCGGAGGGGAGCUGGCCUCUGGAAUUCAAAUGGCUUCAUGACCACAAAGAGCUCACUAAAUUCUCACUGGAAUACAGAUACAUGAUUACCUCUCUGGACCGGACACACGCUGGACACUACCGCUGCAUCGUCAGGAAUCGGAUGGGCGCGUUGUUACAGAGACAGACAGAGGUGCAGGUGGCCUACAUGGGGAACUUUGAGGAUGGGGACACUUCCGUCUCCGUAUCUCAUGGGGACGCAGCGGUCAUCCAUGCUCCCAGCAUUGCCAGCUUCCCUCAGCCGCAAGUCAUGUGGUUCAGAGAUGGAAGGAAGAUCCCUCCCAGCAGCCGCAUUGCUAUCACCAAGGACAACACGCUAGUGAUCCUGUCCAGUGUGGCCCCCGAUACUGGACGAUACUACGUGCAGGCCGUCAAUGACAAGAAUGGUGACAACAAGACCAGCCAACCAAUCACGUUGACAGUGGAAAAUGUCGGUGGUCCUGCAGAUCCUAUUGCUCCCACUAUCAUCAUCUCCCCUCAGAACACCAGUGUAGUGACUGGCACCUCUGAAGUCACUAUGGAGUGUGUGGCCAAUGCCAGGCCUCUUAUCAAGCUAAAUAUUGCGUGGAAGAAGGACGGGGUGCCCAUCUCUAAUGGAGUGAGCGAGUUUGGUCGCCGGCUGACUAUCCUGAACCCCACACUGAGUGAUGCUGGUUAUUACUCUUGUGAAGCCACCUUACGUAGCAGCAGCGUCCCCGCCGUCACUGCUGGAGCAUACCUGACUGUGCUUGAACCCCCUCAGUUUGUAAAGGAGCCAGAGAGACACUUAACAGCCGAGAUGGAAAAGGUGAUUGACAUCCCGUGCCAGGCUAAAGGUGUACCCCAGCCGUCUAUUUCCUGGUACAAGGAUGCCGCGCUGAUUGACGGACGGCGGGACACCAGGUUUCGUAUUGUAAGCGCUGGAAGCUUGCGGAUCAGCGGACUGAUGCCUGAGGACACAGGAAUGUUCCAGUGCUUUGCCCGAAACAGUGCAGGGGAGGUACAGACCUCUACCUACCUGGCUGUGACUAGUAUUGCUCCCAACAUCACAAAGGGUCCCCUUGACAGUACAGUGAUCGAUGGCACCUCUCUGGUACUGCAGUGUGAGACCUCUGGAGCUCCCCGACCUGCUAUCACCUGGCAGAAAGGUGACAAGAUCUUGGCCAGCGGGUCGGUCCAGCUGCCACGUUUCACCCUUCUCGAAUCUGGAAGUCUACUUGUAAGCCCUGCACAUAUAUCCGACAUGGGCACAUACACCUGCACCGCUACCAACUCUCGUGGAGCAGACGAGGCCUCGGCUGAUGUCAUUGUCUGGGCUCGAACACGCAUUACCAAUCCUCCGACAGACCAGAGCGUGAUCAAGGGGACAAAGGCAUCAAUGUCGUGUGCUGUGUCACAUGACACGAGUGUUGCCAUCAGAUAUGUGUGGGAGAAGGAUGGAGCUCCUCUCAGUAUAGACAACUUACCCAGAAUGCAGAUGGACAAGAACGGCACUUUACAUAUCUCUCAAACUUGGUCAGGAGAUAUUGGGACCUACACCUGCCGUGUCCUGUCCGUGGGGGGCAAUGAUUCCCGGAGUGCUCACCUACGAGUCAGACAACUUCCUCAUGCUCCUGAGAACCCAAUGGCAAUACUGAGUACCACUGAGCCACGAUCCAUUAAUCUAACAUGGGCCAGACCCUUUGACGGCAACAGUCCACUGAUCCGCUACAUCCUGGAGGUCUCUGAAAAUAAUGCCCCAUGGUCCAUUCUAUUUUCCAACAUGGAUCCUGACUAUACCUCCCUGGUUGUAAGGAACCUCACCCCAGCCCGCUCCUACCAAUUCCGUCUUUGUGCCAUGAAUGACGUCGGCAAAGGACAGUUUAGCAAAGAGACACAACGUGUGACACUUCCUGAAGAGCCUCCCAGUUCCCCUCCUCAGCAUAUCCUAGCUAACGGGCGCACCAACCAAUCUAUCCUGGUCCAAUGGCAGCCACCGCCAGAGAGUCAUCAGAACGGAGUCUUAAAGGGAUAUGUCAUCAGAUACUGUCUCUCCGGUUUGCCUGUAGAAUACCAGUAUAGAAACCUCUCCAACCCCGACAUCAGCAGUCUGCUCCUGGACGACCUUAUUAUCUGGACCAAUUACGAGAUUGAGGUUGCUGCUUUUAAUAAUGCUGGACUGGGGGUGUUCAGCCCGAAAGUGACAGAGUGGACUCUGCAGGGAGUGCCAACGGUGGCUCCUGGAAAUGUAAAGGCAGAAGCUGUUAAUUCCACCACAAUCCGCUUUACCUGGAGCCCACCAAGUCCACAGUUUGUCAAUGGGAUCAACCAAGGGUACAAGCUCAUGGCCUGGGACCCAUCUAAAGAAGACGAUAUCACCGUGGUAACAGUCAGACCCAAUUUCCAGGACAGCACUCAUGUUGGCUUCAUCACCGGCUUACAGAAGUAUCACAGCUACGUGAUCUCCGUCCUGUGCUUCACCAGCCCAGGAGAUGGACCCCGCAGCCCUCCACAGCUGGUCUGGACUCAUGAGGAUGUUCCUGGACCUGUGGGCAGUCUCGGCUUUGAUGACAUCUUGGAUACAUCCUUAAGAGUGACCUGGCAGGAGCCUACAGAGAAGAAUGGGGUGCUCACCGGAUAUAAGAUCUCCUGGGAGGAGUUUAACCAGACAAACACCAGAGUAACGCACUAUCUGCCCAACCUCACCUUGGAGUAUCGGGUCACUGGCUUGACGUCACUCACCACCUAUACCAUCCAGGUGGCUGGCAUGACCUCAAAGGGUCAAGGAGCAGUAGUUUCCUCCACCAUCUCUUCCGGUGUACCACCAGAACUACCUGGAGCGCCCACCAAUAUCGCCAUAACUAACAUUGGACCUCGCUCUGUUACACUUCAGUUCCGACCAGGUUAUGAUGGGAAAACAUCCAUCUCUAGGUGGCAAGUGGAAGCCCAGGUUGGAACACAAGGGGAAUCUGAAGAAUGGCUUCUCAUACAUCAGUUGCCCAAUGAGCCCAAUGCCCGUUCUCUGGUGGUUCCUGGGCUGACUCCUUUCACCUUCUAUUGUUUUCGGAUGCGACAAGUGAACAUUGUAGGUACCAGCCCCCCCAGUCUGGUUUCCAGAAGGAUCCAUACAUUGCAGGCCCCACCAGACAUGUUUCCAACUAACGUGACCCUGCGGACGGCCAGUCAGACCAGCCUGUGGGUGCGCUGGGUGCCCUUACCAGAGACAGCAUAUAAUGGUAAUCCUGAAUCUGUGGGGUAUAAGAUCCGAUACGUGAGAACCGAUGCAAAAGGGAAGUCCUCCACCCACGUCAUUCAUGACCGCAUCGAGAGGGAGUACACUAUUGAAGAUCUAGAAGAGUGGACAGAAUAUUCUGUGCAAGUUGUUGCCUUUAACAGCAUUGGAUCUGGGCCCUGGAGUCCCGUUGUGGUGGCGAGGACCAGGGAGUCAGUUCCGUCCUCUGGACCCGGCAAUGUCUCUGCUCUGGCCACAACAUCAAGCAGCAUCUUGGUACGUUGGAGCGAAAUCCCAGAACCAGAACGGAAUGGACUCAUCCUGGGUUACAAGAUUCUUUACAAGGAGAAAGAUUCGGACAAUCCUCCUCGCUUUUGGCUUGUGGAAGGUAAUGCCUCCCGAAGUGUUCAGCUAACCAACCUGGGGAAAUACGUUCUCUACGAAAUCCAGGUCUUGGCAUACACAAGGAUAGGAGAUGGAGUACCAAGCACACCGGCAAUACUGGAGAGAACCCUGGACGAUGUUCCAGGUCCCCCGGUGGGAAUACUGUUUCCUGAGGUGAGAACAACCUCUGUUCGCCUCAUUUGGCAGACCCCAGCUGCUCCCAAUGGUAUCAUUUUAGCGUAUCAGAUCACUCACAGACUCAACACGACCAACGCAAACACCGCCACAGUGGAAGUGCUGAAUCCCAGUGUGCGGCAGUAUACGGCCACGGGACUCAGACCAGAGUCGGUCUACUUGUUUCGAAUCACAGCCCAGACACGUAAGGGAUGGGGGGAAGCUGCUGAAGCGCUGGUGGUCACCACAGAAAAGAGAGACCGCCCUCAGCCCCCCAGUAAGCCUGUAUUUCUGCAGGAAGAGGUUAAGUCCCGAAGUGUACUGCUCUCAUGGGAACCAGGGAGUGAUGGCCUUUCUCCUGUACGUUACUACACCAUCCAAACCAGAGAUCUACCUAAAGGACGUUGGGUGGUGCACUCCUCCUCCAUCAGUCACAAUGCCACCUCUGCUGUUGUUAACCGAUUAAAACCAUUCACAUCAUACAAAUUUCGAGUCAAAGCAACCAAUGACAUUGGAGACAGUGAAUACAGCGCAGAAUCUGAGUCCCUAACUACACUGCAAGCUGCACCCGAUGAUGCGCCCGCGAUUCUGUCUGUCACCCCUCAGACAACCACCUCCGUAUUAAUUCACUGGCAGGCUCCAGCAGAAGACAAAAUCAAUGGCAUCCUCCUGGGCUACCGAAUCCGCUACCGUGAACUUGUAUACGAUGGGAUGAGGAGCUUCACGUUGCGAAACAUCAACGACCCUAAUGCCAAAUGGGCAGAUUUAACAUCUGCCUACAUGGUCCGGAACCUAAGUGAACCGUCUCUCACCCAGUACGAGUUGGACAAUCUAAACAAGCACAAACGCUACGAGAUCAGAGUGAGCGUGUACAAUGCCGCCGGGGAAGGACCAGCCAGUGUCCCCCAAGAAGUAUUUGUUGGAGAGGCGGUGCCCACAGCUCCACCACAGAACGUAGCCAUACAGACUGCCACGGCUGUGCAGCUCGAUGUAACUUGGGAUCCACCUCCUCUGGAGUCUCAAAAUGGCGACAUCCAGGGAUACAAGAUUUACUACUGGGAAUCCACACGAGUCAAUGAGUCAGAGAAAGUAAGGACCCUGUUCCUGCCGGAGAGUGGGGUGAAGAUCAAGAAUCUGACCGGCUACACCACCUACCUCAUCAGUGUGGCCGCCUUUAACACUGCCGGAGACGGUCCCCGGAGUCAUCCCAUCCGCGGCCAGACACAGCAAGCAGCCCCCAGCGCCCCAGCAGUCAUUAGAUUUAGUGAACUCACCACCACAUCUGUAAAUGUAUCGUGGGAUGCACCGAUUUACCCCAAUGGAAUUCUGGAAGGAUACAGACUGGUAUAUGAGCCCUGCACGCCUGUGGAUGGAAUCAGUAAGAUCGUGACAGUGGAUGUAAAGGGGAACAGCCCUCUGUGGAUGAAGCUAAAGGACCUCGCUGAGGGGGUGACAUACCGUUUCCGAAUACGAGCCAAGACUUUUACAUAUGGACCGGAUAUUGAAGCCAACGUGACGACAGGACCAGGAGAUGGGGCUCCAGGACCUCCAGGGGUUCCUUCCAUCUCCAGAUACAGCUCAUUGAUCGCUAUCCAAUGGUCGAGUGGGGACCCAGGGAAAAGCCCUAUUACCAGAUAUGUUAUAGAGGCUCGGCCCUCAGAUGAAGGAUUAUGGGACAUACUCAUCAAGGACAUUCCCAAAGAAGCCACAUCAUACACCUUCAGCAUAGACAUCCUGAAGCAGGGAGUGAGCUAUGACUUUCGUGUCAUUGCUGUCAAUGAUUAUGGAUAUGGGACCCCCAGCCCACCCUCCACAUCCGUAUCAGCCACAAAAGCAAACCCAUUCUAUGAGGAGUGGUGGUUCCUGGUGGUCAUUGCCCUUAUUGGUCUCAUUUUCAUCCUUCUAUUGGUCUUUGCUUUGAUCAUUCGAGGACAGAGCAAAAAGUAUGCCAAGAAAUCGGAUUCAGGGUGUAAUCCCAAAAAUAGCACCCUGGGCCAUGGGGAGAUGGUGAGUCUGGAUGAGAGCAGAUUCCCUGCGCUAGAGCUGAACAACCGGCGGCUCUCGGUGAAGAAUUCCUUCUGCAGGAAGAAUGGGAUAUACACAAGGUCUCCUCCCCGACCCAGUCCUGGGAGCCUUCACUAUUCAGAUGAGGAUGUAGCCAAGUACAAUGACUUAAUUCCCGCUGAGAGCGGCAGCCUGACCGAAAAGCCCUCGGAGGUAUCAGACUCACAGGGAAGUGACAGUGAAUAUGAAGUGGACCAGAACCAGCAGAAAACCCAUUCCUUUGUCAACCAUUACAUCAGUGACCCCACUUACUACAACUCCUGGCGGCGCCAGCAAAAAGGCCUCUCCAGGGCACACGCCUUCAAUUAUACAGACGAGCCCGAAGACUCUGAACACUGUAUUAUACCAAACAGCAACAGUAGCCAACAAGGCAGCCUGUAUAGGCCCAAAUCCAGCCGGACUCCAACACCUCAGCAGCCUCCGAGCCUUCCCACCCAGCAAAACCCCAUAUACCGACCCCCCAGCAGUCUCGCCCCAUCAUCCCGCGCCCCAAUUGCUGGGUUUUCCUCCUUCGUUUGAUGACAAACCUCUCAUUUACCAUUGUUUUUUGAAUUACAAGAAGCAGAUAAAUAUAUAUUAUAUAUAAAAAGAGGUGUGUGUAUAUAUAUAUGCAUAUACAUAUAUAUAUAUAUGAAGAGGGAAGACACUGCUGGAGAUUGUGUUGGAGACAAUCAGUUGCGAAUCUAGAUCUUCAUUUUGCUGCUUCAGUUAUGUAUAAUAUUCCAAAGGUUUUGGGUGCAAAAAAAUAAAAUCAAAAACAAAAAAAAACAUGCAGAUACAAUGGAUGCAAUGAUACUUCUGAACCAAGGAAACCUUCAGAGGAUACAUUAAUAUAUAGCAAACGUUUGGCUUGGCCGCCAAAGACUGGCCAUGAGAUGAGGCACACCCUUCUCGCCUGACUGAAGAUGGCUUUUACAACAGGACCAUACUCGCACACCCCCUUACGUUCAUACCGUUGGAUUGAGGACUAUAUGGAAGCUUACAGGUGUCACAGGGACAAUAAUGUUGGUGUACAAUAUGCCAUAAGUGGAGACAAGUGUUUUAAAGAUGGUGCCAACUCUACAGCCAAAUUACAUCAAUGAAAAAAUAAGAACUUAUUAGUAUGGGACAAUGUGUACACCAUAAAAUAUUUGUAGCAACCAACCAGGGUACAUUCAAUGGUAGGCGACAGCUUUUACAUAUCGAAGGAGCAGGAAAUUUCAUGAGAUGCAACGUAUAUCAUCCAUUCUGGUCCAUGUGUAUCGGCAGUUCAAUCGUGCGUCCACCAAAUCAUAUGGGGGAUAAAUGUGUGGGUUUAUCAUUGCAACACAGAACUUAAUAUACCCGGUAAAUCAUAUACUCCUGACUGUACAAGGGUCAGCGUUUUCCCAGGAAUCAUGUUAUUUGUACAGAUUUGCUACUAGACAACAGUGUAGGUAUAUAGCAGUGGCUGCAGUUGUUAUGGGCCAAGGGACAGGGGGUAUUUAGCCCACAUUGGCCUCAUCACCAUGUGAACUUCUGCAGUAAUUGCACUCUUCUAUAGACACUGUAGUGUUGACAACAAUCUCCCUGUUCUGCAAAGAGGAGGGGGUGGGGAUGUUCUGGAUCCAUAUCUCCCUGGAUUUGGUUUCAUUAUAUCAUAUGCUAGUGCCAAUAAAAGAACCCUCGCUCCGUUGUAUAUACCCUUACUAGUAGAGAAAGCUUUUAGCGACAAAGUGAUGCAUUGGUUCUAAUUGUCCUCUGACAUGUCAUUGGUGGAGCUCAUAAGCCGGGGCACUUCAACAGAAAUGGGCGUCUUCUCCUUUAAACUAUACGCCUAAAGUUCAGUUCUUCUCCAUGAGUCCAGUUUAAUUGAUAUAGAAAUCUCCCAAUCUCCUUCAAGCCCAAUGGCACAUGGUGUCGGGUAGAAGAUGAUCUAGUCAUGGAAGGAGGAUUCUGCUCACAGGACCUCCAUCAAUGUCAUCUUUAAUGGGUUACUCCGCCCCUAGACAUCUAAUCUGAUCGCGGUGUCUGAUCGCAGGGGUCCCUCCGCUGGGGACACCCUAUGAUCUCAGCUGCAGCACCCCAGACAUCCAGUGCACGGAGUGAACUUCGCUCCGUGGUGGAU